UUUCGUUCAUAUUAGGCGAUAAUGCGAUUUGUGUAGUUUGGCAAGUAAAACCAGUUAUAGCUGCUUUGGCGAGAGAAUAUUUACUCUCGAUCGGCUCAGUCUAAAAAUAAAACCCAGGCAUGCCACAAAAAUAUGGAUCGAGGGGAGCGGGCCUUCCGAUACGAUCGAGAGCGCAAUUUCUCUCUCGUAACGCUCGCAGAGAUCAGGUUUUUCCUGCUCCGGAGAGAGUUCAGAUCGGUGUACUCUUUGCGCUCACACUCACACGCUUCAGUCUUCAUUUGGAUUCGAUAGAAACGUGCCGUCGUUGAUUUUGCGUGUACAAUGUGCCUAAAAAACUGCUGCACAUUUGUGUAAAACCAAUUCCUAUGAACUAAUCGCUGCGUCUAAGAGACAUUGCCUUUUCAUCGGAGAGCACGCUAAGAGAGAGUCGGAAAGAGCGAAUCGCCACUGAUGUGUGAGUGAGUGGAAAUGUACUCUGACAAUGAUGACGCCCAAGGAAAUUCCAAUGGAACGCAACGCAUCCGGAAUGUAUUGACUCUGGAUGAGCGGGUGGCCGCCAUCAAACAGUACGAUAUCGUGCCCAUGUACAGCAAGAUUGCCAGGAACUUCAACUGCAGCUGGGAGCAGAUCAAGAGCAUAGUGUCCAAUCGAGAGGCUAUCCUGAAGUUCCACGAGACAACCAACCGCAUGAACCAGCCCGCCAACAAGGAGGGCGAGCUGCGGCGGCGCAAACUCAACUUCCUGGGCCACUGCCUGUACGAGUACAUCCAGAGGGCGCAGUUCUACCUGCACAGCGAUGUCAACGAGGAAUUGAUCCGCAGCCGGGCGAUCGAGUUCAGGGAUCUCAUGCGACUGGACGGAUUUGUGCCGAACAAGCCGUGGAUCAAUCACUUCAAGGCUGCCUAUAACAUAACCUUGUCGAAUCGUCAGAUUACCAUAACUCGUCGCCCGCCGCGAUCGAUGGACUUGAGGGACAUAAUGUCCUACUGUGGGCGACACACCUCCAUGGCUUGCAGUUUGGCUCCAAGAUCUCCCGAACCCACUCCCACAACUAGUGACCAAAGGGGCAUUGAUCGACCUCUGUACCGCACCAAGACUUUGGUUACCACCUCCUGCCAAAAUCAAGCCACUUCGGAUGAAGUGCACCUGCGACGCAAGCGGAAGAUCACGUUCCUGGAGAAGUGCCUAUAUGAGUACAUCCAGCGAUCCCAGCUGCAUCAUAAGGGCAGACUUGAUCUGGACAAUUUGCGGUCGGUGGCCAUCAGCUUGAGGGACAUCCUGAAGAUCGAGUCCUUCUUUCCCGACAAAGUGUGGUUUAAUCACUUCAAGAGUCGCUACAACUUUACCUUUUCGGUGGGUGUUCCGGUGACCAAUCGCCGUGUGCCGCUUUCUCUGGACCUCCGGGACAUAGUUAGUUAUUGUGGUCGGAAUGAACAUAGAAUAACCCUGGCUCACAAGAAUACCCAGGAUGACCUGAAAGGUGGAUCGGUCAAUUCUCCCGUAGUGGAACAAAAGACCGAAGAAGUGGAGCCCGAGGAUGAUGACGACUGCGUGGCCAUCGAAGUGCCACAUGAACUUAUAGAAAUAAAGGAUGAUGACGAUAAUGAGGAUGAUGGAAGUGACGCCUCCCCGCAGAAGCCAUUUAAAAGAAAGAUUGAGAAGGACGUUGACCCGACGCCCUGCGGGCUGAAGAUCCAAAAGAUUCAAUCGCUGGGUGAUGGUGAUACAGAACUUCUACCAGUCCAUAGUCCAGGUCAUUAUUCUGAGACCAGCGAUGAGGCCCAUCUGCCACGUUGCGUAGAAAGCUAUAAGGAUGCACUGCGCCUGCUAAAACCCUUGGAGGAGUUUGCCUUGAUGGAGGAGAACUACCGGGCCAUUGGCCUGCUCACUCAGCUGGAAAAGAUCUUUGAGACAGGAGCAAAGAAGGAAUGACGAGAAGGACAGACCCAUAGAACUCAACCAAAUACUUGUGCCUAAGUUCAUAUAUGUCCAUAUCUUUUUAUGUUUUAUAGAUGGAUAUAUGUUGAUGUGGUAAAGCCUUAUUACCCUCCGCAGGGUAUUCCUUUAAAUGGUUAUUUUUUUAUAAAUAUAAAAUGUAAUUCCUUUAAAUUAAGAAA